UAAAGGACCUGUGAUCGAAGAAGACCAAACGGAAGAAGAAAGAUAAAUAAAUAUUGCAGUUGUUAAAAUGCCAAAAUUGCGCUUACAGGACAAAGACACCUGCGAAUUUUACCACCAUUUUGUGUCAAAGUGGAGCCAUGCUUAACAACAACUCGGACUGUCAUUAAGUGUGAGCGUGGGUGAUGGAGGACUGUGGGGACGUGGACUAUCUUAUCCAAGAUGAGGACACUCUAAUUGAGGGUGUCAGUAACCAGGUUUUGUUUGUUGUGGUUGUUAGUGUCACUUUUCUGGCAGGCCUGCUCACUCUACUCUGCAGACAGGAGCAGCAUGAUAUUCAUCCAGAGAAUCAAGAACAUGUCCGAGCAGUUCGACAGCAGCUCCAGACAGAGCAGGAGGAAAAUAACCAGUCUGAGGAGAGGCAGCAGUACUACACAGACAUGUCUUGUCCUGUAUGCCUACAACAGGCUGUGUUGCCUGUAGAAACUAACUGUGGGCACCUUUUCUGUGGUUCUUGCAUUAUAGCUUAUUGGAGGUAUGGCACUUGGUUAGGUGCCAUUCACUGUCCCAUCUGCAGACAAAUUGUUACAUUGCUCUUCCCAUUAUUUCAUGAACAUGCAACUCCUCAAAGGGUUCAAGAUGGUGAAGCUGAACCUCAGCUCAUAUUGCGAGACAUCAAUGACUACAACCGCAGGUUUUCAGGCCAGCCCAGAUCUCUCAUGGACAGGUUGCGCGAUGUGCCGACCCUUCUCCGUCACGCCUUCAGAGAGAUGUUUUCUGUUGGGGGCUUGUUCUGGAUGUUUAGAAUUCGUAUUCUUCUUUGUCUUAUUGGUGCAAUUACUUACCUGGCUUCACCACUUGACAUCCUUCCAGAGGCGCUGUUUGGCCUACUGGGAUUUAUGGAUGACUUUUUUGUAAUCCUAUUGCUAUUUGUCUACAUAUCUAUUAUGUACAGAGAAGUUGUCACACAGAGAUUGAAUAACUAGCAGAAUUUUACAAAGUAUCAGGUGAACUUUAAACUCAAACAGAUUUACUAUGGAACGCUACAGUGACCACCCACAGCUCGGUUUGGGAAAUUACAUUCCCGUUCAUUUUUCCCAUAGACUUUUGUGACAUGUGGUUUUUGUUGAGACUGUGAAAUUGAUUGUUAAGACCAUUAAGUUUUGCUAAUAUGUAUUUACCUCACAAAGCUUCAGUCACUGAAGAACAACAUGGAUGAUGCUAUGAUAGUAAGGUAAUUACUUAUUUGACACCUUUCAACCAUACACAUAAUGUUGAGUUUAACUAUGCAUAUUGGAGAAUUAUCAAAAAUGUGUGUUUAUACAGCUUAUGCACAUGUAAAAACUUGUUUACUUGUUCAUGGUGAAUGUAAGAUUAUUUUUGGGGCAAAGAUAGUAACCAAUCUCAAUUUUACUAGCAUCAAAUCUUCCAGUUUUGUUUUUUUUUUUUUUUUUUUUUUGUAGUUGGAGUAUAAUAAAUAAAACAACUGUUGGAGUUUGGCAAUU